GUUUAGUCAGUUUUCACACAGCGUUUGGGCAAGACGUGCACACAGGUCGAGCGUGAGUGGGAAUAAACCGAAAGCUAAAGCAUUUCAAAAGCGAAGUAAAAACGUCAUAAAGGAAACAACAUGGAGUUCAACAACCGUUUGUUAUUGAAGAUCAUUGAGCUGGGCAUUGCCAUUGCCUGCGUUGUGCUCUACGAGGUUGUCGGGGAUCUGAGCAAGCGUCCAUUGAUUGUCUGCGGCACCAUUGGCGGCUUCACAAUCAUCUGCGCCGUGCUGCUGAUCGGACACGUGAUCAAUUCGGUUGUGGAGAAGCGGCUCAAUGCCCUAAUCUCGCUGCUGGGCUGCAUUCUGUUCGUGGCCUCCGGUGCCCUGGUCAUUGAUGAGUGGCAUGAUAUAUACGAUUUCUUGAAGGAUCGCAAGCGCAACGCCAUCGCCGCCGGCUCCCUGAUGAUCAUCAAUGGCGCCGUCUUUCUACUGGACACGCUAUCCAUCUGCAGAACGUAAGCCCCAAACAAAACCAAGGGGUCCACUUAUUUUUUUUUUUGUUAAUUUUUUUUUUGUGAAACCGAAAUUCUCAUGGCUUCUGUGUGGGUCAUAAAGCGAACAAUGAAUCUUCUGUAAACUAUACGAAUAUCAUGUACACCCAUCUAUAUACAUAUAAUACUUAUAUGCAACUUUUUUUUGUAUACCUGUCAAAUAUAUCUAUAUAUAUAUACUCUAACCGUAUGGCACCCAAGUUAUUGUCAGCUGUGCACGAACAAGCGAAUCCUAAACUGUUCACAGAUAUCCAUUAAAUAUAUAUCUAUAUAUAUGUA